UCGGGGUUUUAUUUUUUUAUGCUUGAAAUGGAACCUAAUUUUUAAAUAUAGCUUGAGUCAGAUCUAAAGGAGACAUGCCUGACCAUUUCCUGCAGGACUGACCAGGAGAACAUCUAGAGGGGAGCUUGGUAGGAGGAAUGAAAUCUGAUUUGCAGCAACCGGUCUUUCUUUUGAGAAAAUUAUCAGACUCAUUGCUAAGGGAAAUUAAAUAUUGACCAAGGACAAUGUCUUUAUUUCUCAGUAACUUAUCAACAAAUGACUCUAGCCUGUGGAAAGAGAAUCAUAAUUCUACGGACCUUUUAAAUCCGCCAGGAACUCUGAAUAUCUAUCUUUUUUGCUUGACAUGUCUCAUGACUUUUGCAGCCUUGGUGGGCAGCAUUUAUUCACUAAUUUCCCUGCUGACAAUGCAGAACAGAACUGUUGUGUCCAUGCUUGUGGCUUCCUGGUCUGUGGAUGAUCUCAUGAGCGUCCUGUCGGUGACCAUCUUCAUGUUUUUGCAGUGGCCAAACGAGGUCCCCAGUUACUUCCAAUUUCUGUGCACCACCUCUGCCUUAUUGUAUUUAUGCCAGGGCCUCUCUAGCAACUUGAAGGCGACUCUCCUAGUCUCUUACAACUUUUAUACGAUGCACAGAGGUGUGGGGAGCCAGACAGCCUCCAGAAGAUCGGGCCAGGUGCUCGGCGUGGCGCUGACCGUGUGGACAGCCAGUCUGCUGCUCUCGGCGCUCCCGCUGUGCGGCUGGGGCGCCUUCGUGCGCACGCCCUGGGGCUGCCUGGUGGACUGCUCCAGCUCCUACGUGCUGCUCCUCUCUACCGUGUACGCUUUGGCCUUCGGAUUCCUCUUGGGCCUCUCAGUCCCUCUCACUCACCGAUUGCUGUGUUCGGAGGAGCCGCCGAGACUCCACGCCAACUACCAGGAAAUUACCCGUGGAGCUUCAAUUCCUGGGACCCCUCCCACUGCGGGGAGAGUGGUUUCCCUGUCCCCAGAGGAUGCUCCGGGCCCGAGUCUGCGGCGCUCUGGGGGAUGCUCCCCGAGCUCAGACACCGUGUUCGGACCGGGUGCGCCCACUGCAGCUGGGGCUGAAGCCUGCAGGCGUGAGAACCGGGGUACUCUCUAUGGCACCAGGAGCUUCACCGUGAGCGUAGCGCAGAAGCGCUUCGCUUUGAUCCUAGCGCUUACAAAAGUCGUCCUUUGGCUGCCCAUGAUGAUGCACAUGGUGGUCCAGAACGUCGUGGGGUUUCAGAGCCUUCCCUUGGAGACAUUCAGCUUUCUACUUACCCUGCUGGCCACCACUGUAACCCCAGUGUUUGUCUUGUCCAAACGCUGGACCCACUUGCCCUGUGGCUGCAUCAUCAACUGCAGGCAGAACGCAUAUGCAGUGGCAUCCGAUGGGGAAAAAAUCAAGAGAAAAGGCUUUGAAUUCAAUCUAUCAUUCCAAAAAAGUUAUGGGAUUUAUAAAAUAGCACAUGAAGAUUACUAUGAUGAUGAUGAAAAUUCCAUAUUCUAUCACAACCUGAUGAACUCUGAGUGUGAAACUACAAAAGACCCUCCGAGAGACAACCGUAACAUCUUCAACGUUAUAAAAGUAGAAAUCAGCACCACACCCUCUCUGGACAGCUCCACACAAAGAGGCAUCAACAAAUGCACAAAUACUGAUAUUACAGAAGCUAAACAGGAUUCCAACAACAAAAAGGGUGCGUUUUCUGACAAAACGGGAGGUGAUAUUAACUAUGAAGAAACUACCUUUUUUGAAGGGCCAGAAAGAAGAUUGUCUCAUGAAGAGAGUCAGAAACCAGAUCUUUCAGACUGGGAGUGGUGUAGGAGUAAAUCAGAAAGAACCCCUCGUCAGCGUUCCGGUGGUGCCCUUGCCAUUCCCUUGUGUGCAUUCCAGGGGACUGUGUCUCUCCACGCACCUACAGGGAAAACCCUAUCUCUUUCUACCUAUGAGGUAAGUGCAGAAGGGCAAAAAAUAACUCCAGCCUCUAAGAAAAUAGAAGUCUAUCGAUCGAAAAGUGUUGGCCAUGAACCAAACUCAGAAGAUUCUUCAUCCACGUUUGUGGACACCAGUGUGAAAAUACACUUGGAGGUUCUUGAAAUUUGCGAUAAUGAAGAGGCCUUGGACACUGUGUCAAUCAUUAGUAACAUCAGCCAGUCCUCCACACAAGUCAGAUCUCCAUCCCUACGUUACUCCAGGAAAGAAAACAGAUUUGUUUCAUGUGAUCUAGGGGAAACGGCCUCAUACUCCCUCUUUUUGCCCACCAGUAAUCCUGAUGGUGAUAUCAAUAUCUCCAUUCCAGACACCGUAGAAGCACACAGGCAGAACAGUAAAAGGCAGCAUCAAGAGAGGGAUGGCUACCAGGAGGAAAUCCAGUUGUUAAAUAAAGCUUACAGAAAAAGAGAGGAAGAAAGCAAGGGUAGUUAGUGGGUAUUUGGUCUAACAGGAGCAAGA